GAGGGCGCAGGGCUUCUCUCUCUUGCUUGCGACAAGCACCGCCCACAGCUUGCGCUAUAACCACCAUCCCACCAUCCUUCCUUCCUCUCCCCCAUCUCCCCCCUCAUCGCCAGCAUAUCUUGCUCGCCGUCACCCCCAGCAUGCAGAGACACACGUUCACCGCCCUCAACUCGACCUUCAUCGUCGACUCCGAGUACCAGUACGUCAAGGAGCUCGGCCAGGGUGCAUAUGGCUGCGUCGUCGCUGCCAGGCAUCGCAGAUCAGGAGAGGGUUGUGCCAUUAAGAAGAUCACCAAUAUCAACACAAAGCGUAUACUGACGAAGCGGUGCCUUCGAGAAAUCAGGCUGCUCCAUCACUUUAGAGGACACAAGAACAUCACAUGUUUGUAUGAUAUGGAUAUCGUUUUCCAACCUAAUGGAAACUUUGACGAAGUCUAUCUUUAUGAAGAACUUAUGGAGGCCGAUCUCCACGCGAUCAUUCGCUCUGGCCAACCUCUCACCGACGCGCACUUCCAGUCCUUCCUGUACCAAACCCUUUGUGGAUUGAAGUACAUCCACUCAGCAAACGUACUCCACCGUGACUUGAAACCUGGAAACCUGCUCGUCAAUGCAGACUGCGAGCUCAAAAUCUGUGAUUUUGGUCUGGCGAGAGGAUACACCCCUGGAGGAGGUGCAUCCAAGUCGGCUGGCAACCAAGGGUUCAUGACCGAAUACGUUGCCACUAGGUGGUACAGAGCGCCUGAGAUCAUGUUGAGCUUUGCAAACUACACUACUGCUAUUGAUGUCUGGUCUGUUGGCUGUAUUCUGGCCGAGUUGUUAGGCGGAAAGCCUAUCUAUAAGGGGAGAGACUAUGUGGACCAACUGAAUCAGAUCUUGCAUUAUCUUGGUACCCCGUCUGAGGAUACCUUACGUCGUGUUGGUUCCCCUAGGGCCCAAGACUACAUACGCUCGCUCCCCAUCAAGCCGCGCGUCCCAUUCUCGACACUCUACCCGCAUGCAAACCCUCUCGCCAUCGAUUUGCUCUCCCAAAUGCUGUGCUUCGAUCCCGCGAAGCGCAUCAGCUGCGAGCAGGCGCUCAACCACCCAUAUUUGCAGGUGUGGCACGAUCCUGCCGAUGAACCUAUUUGUGAAUCUAAAUUCGACUUUUCGUUCGAGGAAGAAGAUUCCAUCGAAGGCAUGAAGAAGCUGAUCGUGCAAGAGGUCAACUCGUUCCGCGCCGAGGUUCGUGCGCAAGCCAGAGCUGCUGGACAGAUUCGCAGGCAAGACAGCCUGCCCAUCCCGACUCGAGAUGAGAUUAUCAAUUCACCCGUGCAAGAGUACGGGCCCGUCCAUGGUGCUACUUCGGGGUACACCGCCCCAUCGCACCGUCCCCCGACUCCCAUCAUGGACGAUCCCAGCGAAGAGCUCGAGCGGGAGUUGGCUGGUACACAUUUGGGGAAGCGUUAAACCAAGUUAACUGACUGCUACUGGCUGAGCUAUAUGAUUGUGGACUCGAAAAUAUAGAGAUCAGAUAGGGGGAUUUUUAAAGUGUGAAAAAGAAAGAGGAAGAAGUGUGCUGUGAAUUUACUGUAUCGUAGAAUCGUUCUUACAACCCGGGAUCGAUUAUUGUCUGUAAUCUCUUUUUGUUUUUGUUUUCUUUUUUUUUCUUCUGAUGUGGAUUAGAGAUGUAAGUUGCUUCUGUGUGCUGAAAUGGACAAUUUUGGUUGGUUCUCUGC